AUGCCUGGCAAAUACGACGAUGCUCCUCUCCCAUUCACAUCCACCGCCCCUCUUCCAACCCGUCGUCAGACCCUCAAGUCCGGCGGGGCAGGUGGUGGAACGCUCAAGAGGGGCAAAACGCUCACACGUCCAGAAAGACAUGUCGCUCCUGUACCGCUCAUCGCUCCUCCUCCUACUCAAUCAUUCUCGCCUAGCUCGCCUUUACCCGAAAGUAGAAGUUUUGUGGGCGAUUUGGAUUGGUGGAGAUUGUGGUCAUACGCUACGACAUGGUGGGCUCCACCGGUCGUAUUGAAAUGGUUUGGAAUAAAGGAAAAGCAAAGUAGACAAGCAUGGAGAGAGAAAGUUACAUUAUGUUGGAUAGCCAUAUUGUUAGGUGGGAUAGUGGGAUUUGUAACGAUGGGGUUGCAAAAGGCUUUGUGUCCUGAUGGAGGGAAUGCGGGGCAUUUGUAUGAGAGAUUGGGUGAGAAUGAAUUGACACUCAGCAUAUCAGGCUAUGUCUUCAACAUCUCAACGUCGAAAACUCAAGAAACAGUAGAUUUCUAUGCACUCUCCAAACAGAUGCCUGGUCAGGAUAUAACCAAUCUAUUCCAACGUACCGCAUCAGAUUACCCUCAGUGUACAUCCACAGCCAAAUACGCCAGUACACCUUAUUGCAACAGCACUACCACCACCACUAAUAGUAGUUGUCCAUUAGCCAAACUUGGAGAUUCCACCUAUUCAACACUUGCCAUUCAGAAUACGUCUAAAAUAGAGGGCUACAGCUGGGAGCAAGUCGCAGCAUUGGAAGAUUAUUUGGUAAUCGACGGAAUGGUAUUGAACAUGAAACCGUAUUUAGAUGCCAACCCAACAGCCAUAUCGGGAGACGAAGUUGAUAAAGCCAUUCGACAAGUAUUGAAUAAUCAACCUACAUCCGGUAAAGACGCUACGAGAUUAUUCUAUCAUCGAAAGGCCAUGCAAGAUUCAAUACCAUGUAUGCAAGCUAGGUACGCCGCAGGAAGAAUCGAUAAAGUCGCUCCCGGAUGUUUCGUCGCCUCUCUGUUCCUCUACACAUCAUUAGGUGUCAUCUUAGGAGUGGUUUUGGUAAGGUUCGCCAUGGCUUGUAUAUUCAAUUGGUUCAUGUCUGCCAAAUUGGUUAGACCACCUAAAGAUCUGGCUAGAACGGCAAUUAGUCCAGCUGUCAUGCCUGAAGGAGCCAAUAUGUCAGUUCAUAACAGGACAGGUACAGCACCAUGGUCAAAUCCCGACAACAGCAGUAAACAAAAGUUGAAAAAUGGAAAGAAGAUUAAUGGAUUGAAUACUUCAUCGACUACUUUGGUAAAUAAUCAAUCUACCGAACCGUUAAUUUCCCUAGCAAAGAUUGGUGCGGAAUUGUUCACGGUCUGUUUGGUUACUUGUUAUUCGGAAGGUGAAGACUCCGUCAAAGGGACGAUCGAUUCGAUAGCAUCGACCAACUAUUCUGAUUCUAGGAAAUUGAUUUGGGUAGUUUGCGAUGGGAUGAUCACUGGACAUGGAGAGAAGGUGUCAACACCGGAUAUAUGCGUUAGUUUGAUGGAUGCUGAUCCGAGAUUUGGCAAUCCGAUGCCUAUGGGUUAUAUCGCUGUGGGGAGUGGAGCGAAAAGAGAGAAUAGAGCGAUGGUAUAUGCUGGACAUUAUGUAUCCAAAAAUGGACAUCGAACACCGACGAUAGUCGUAGUCAAAUGCGGUAUGCCAUCCGAAGCGAGAGAUAAGAAACCUGGUAAUAGAGGUAAAAGAGAUUCUCAAUUGAUCUUGAUGAAUUUCUUCUCGAGGGUCACCUAUAAUGAUAGAAUGUCACCCUUGGAUUUUGAUAUCUUCAGAAAAGUACAGACUUUGAUGGGUGUCACGCCAGAUUAUUUCGAGACAUGUUUGAUGGUCGACGCCGAUACUAAGAUCUACCCCGACUCCCUUCGUUACCUCGUCAACUGUAUGCAUCAAGACAACAUGAUCAUGGGCGUCUGUGGAGAAACUCGAAUAGCGAACAAAAGACAAUCAUGGGUAACGGCAAUUCAAGUGUACGAAUAUUUCAUCUCGCAUCAUCACGUUAAAGCCUUCGAAUCCGUUUUCGGUGGUGUAACCUGUCUUCCAGGUUGUUUCAGCAUGUACCGAAUCAAAGCAAGGAAAGAUACGGAUAACGAUUGGGUACCGAUCUUGGUAAAACCUGAAAUCGUUUCUGAGUAUUCACAAUCUGAAGUUCAUACAUUACAUCAAAAGAAUUUGUUGUUAUUGGGUGAAGAUCGAUUCUUGUCAACGAUAAUGUUACGUACCUUCCCCCGAAGGAAGAAUAUCUUCUUACCUCAAGCUAAAUGUCGGACUGUCGCACCGGAUACGUUCUCGGUAUUGUUAUCUCAAAGGAGAAGAUGGAUCAAUUCGACCGUUCACAAUCUAAUGGAAUUAGUGAGAGUCAGAAAUCUUUGUGGAACAUUUUGCUUCUCAAUGCAAUUUGUCGUAUUUAUGGAUUUGGUCGGUACAGUGGUUUUACCAAUUGCCAUCUGUCUCACCGGGGCUUUAAUUAUAAAUUCAAUAAUCGAUCCACCCAAUUCUUUCCAGGAAGCUAUACCUCUAAUGUUAUUAGGUGCUGUAUUGGGUUUACCAGCAAUAUUGAUUUUGAUAACUACUAGAAAAGUUAUUUAUAUAGCUUGGAUGAUCUGUUAUCUAUUCGCUUUACCGAUUUGGAAUUUUGUUUUGCCCGUUUACUCAUUUUGGCAUUUCGAUGAUUUCUCUUGGGGAGAAACUAGACGGGUUGAAGGUGAAGUUCGAUCGAAAGCGCAUGAUGACAAGACGGCUGUAUUUGACGGAACGACUGUCCCCCUUAGAAGAUGGGAAGAUUGGGAGAAAUCGAGAUUGCGAAAAUUACGUAGAGAUGAAAAGAAACGAAGAGAGAUGGAGAGACAGUUCGGAGCUGGAUUUCACGGGGAUAAUGAUGGAUUGGGGUUGGGCCCUACACCUCGAGCAGCGUGGACAAGAAGUGAUUAUGAGAGUGAUUCGGGAAGUGUGUUUGGCAGUGAAGAAGAUGUUUGGGGUGCAGAGAUUGGGGGUUACAACGAAAACAAUCCUGCUUUCCCACCACCACCUAUCGCAUUGUCUCAACAAUCACACCACGAUCAUAGUCAAGGUCAGACAUUAGGUCAAGAUGAGAUGGCCGCAAUACUCGAUUCCGGAUUCGACGAUGGUCCACCUCAUCCACCACAGUCCUCAUAUCGUAACGAACGGAAUGCACCUUCACCAUUACAUAGACAUCAACAUGAUUAUUCACCUCAGAUGAGGUAUCAAACCAAUGGGGAUUACAUCAGUGGACCUAAAACCCCUGAUAUGCCAACUACGGGAGAUAGCGUUUCGUCAAGUAUUGAAAGUAGACCUCAAGGUUCUGGACAUGCUAAGAAACGUUCUGGAGGGGUGAACAAUCAGAAAGCGAGAGCUCAAGCUCAAGCUCAGAAUUAUGGACCGUUAGGACCGUUGGAGGAUGAUGAUACGGGUUGGGGAGGUGAUUUUAAAGGUAGGCGAUUAUAA